AUGGACUCUUCUCAGGUGCUGAAUGCAAUGUCCUCGCAGCUCUCCGCAGUAGCCCUUCUCACAGGAGACGGGCCUUCGGUGUUGGCAACCGCAGCCCCAGCGGCCCGACCUCAAGACUGGGACGUGAGUAUUUCACAGAGUGAUGCCAGCUCCUCACAGCCGGUGUCCAGAGCCGAGUGUGCAGCCAUGAUCACGGAGGCGCUGCAAACCAAGGUGGGACCGGCACUCCAAGCGGCCUUCUCACAUGUGGGACAGGAGUUGACCCAGCACGCCGUGAAGAUCAACACGCUGGAACAGGAGAUCCGCAUGCUCAAGAUACGUACCGCAUGGACCGAAAAAGAUCUGAUGUACUCACAGAUCGAAGCUGCCAAACGUACCCUGGUGGUGCGUAAUUUUCCAGAAUGGGCUACGGCUGAAGACAGAGAGCUCACAAUCGCCAGGGCUCUUCAAGACAACGGCCUUGGCCAUCUGGAAUGGGACCUCACAACCACCAGGAUGGAAGGCAACAGUGGUGUGUUCUUGGCCCCGAUCUCGAUCCUCACAGCGCCGACCUACACGGGCAGUGGUGCGCUCUGGCACAAGAUCGAGGAGGAAAAGACGCCUGCCGAGGACCAGGACAAAGAAAAGGACAAGGCUCAAAGCUCCGAGCCACAAUCGGAGAAGGUAGCCGAUGCAGGUGAAAAGGAGGAACCUGCCGCUUCCCCCUCACAGUGGGAGGAGGUACGUACAUGGAACUGGAACACUCCGGUCAAGAUGGCUCCAGGCAUCACCCAGUUCGAGCCUCGCUUGGGAGCACCGAUGCAUGGCCUGAUGAAUGCGUACCAAAAGCUGUUCCCUCGCUUCAAGAAGGAGACCCUGGUGCCAAGGUGGAAGACGCUUAUCCUUGAGGAUCAGGAGGGUGCAUGGUUGGGAAGAGUCUUUUACAGCAGGCGGCAGCGCAGCCUCACGGGGACCACAGGAACGGUCUCCGAUGCGCGUUGCGAAGUUCAGCUCCACGCCGAGCACAAGGACCGCAUCCUUGCAGCCUGGCGAGAUGUGUGGUACAAUCAGCUCAUGCACCAGAUCGAGCACACAGAAGUCGAGACAAAGGCUUUUGCUACGGCCUCACAGAAGACGAGCCAGGAUUACGCGGCGGCGGCCCGGCUGAACCGCUUCCUCACAAGGGCGGUCCCUUCCUACACAGACGCCAUGGAAGCCGAGAUCAAGCUUGGAGAUAGCCUCGUUGGCUUUGCGGCCCAAGGCACCAAGAGACAGUACUCCACAGGCACUAUGGAACCCUACUACCCCUUCGACUCACAGGACGAGCUCCACCUGGCCGUGGAGGAUGCAAAGUGCUCUCACACCAACCGUGGCUACGACAUCGCCACCUACAAUGAUGAGCAAUGGAUCAAGGUGGACCAAGGACCAUAA